AUGGAAGAUAUAAAAGAAGACAAAGAAAUGAUUGAUAAAUUCAUUAAAAGGUCAAGCAGCUUUGGAAAAUUUGACCAUCACAGACAUCACUCAACAUCAAAACCAAAUGAUUCAUCCGAGCUAGAUGAAGUAUAUGCCACAUGUGAUGGCACAGAAUUGAGACAAAACAAACCCAACAAUGGAGGAAGCAUUGGAAAAAAGAUGCGAGCCAUUUCUCUGACUAUGAAGAAAAAGAUGGGUAAAAAGUACAUUAGGGCACUUUCAGAGGAAAUGAAUGAAGGGGGGGAAAGUUUUUCUACCUCAAAUAGGGACAGUCACCCUGGAGGAGAAGCAAUCACAGCUUCUAUAAAGGCAAGUGACUCCAUGGACAGCCUGUAUAGUCUUAAUAGCGGCCAAAGUUCUUCAA